UGUGGCAGCGACGCCGACGUCCUGCGCGUACCCCCUCUCCGCGGCACCCACCGGGCCCCCUCCUCCUCCUCUUCGGCGGCGGCAGCGUCCACCAUCUUCCUCUUGCUGCCAGUGGUAGCGCUCGUCUGGCGGAGCUGGGGCUGAAAGACACACAGAAGUCUUCAUGGAUAUAGUUGAUACAUUUAAUCAUUUAAUUCCUACUGAACACUUAGAUGAUGCCCUAUUUCUAGGAUCCAACCUGGAGAAUGAAGUCUGUGAGGAUUUUAGUGCAAGUCAAAAUGUCUUAGAGGACUCGCUGAAGAACAUGCUCAGCGAUAAGGAUCCUAUGCUAGGAUCUGCAAGUAACCAGUUCUGUUUGCCUGUUUUGGAUAGCAAUGAUCCCAAUUUCCAGAUGCCUUGUUCAACAGUUGUUGGUCUUGACGAUAUUAUGGAUGAAGGAGUUGUUAAAGAAGGUGGCAAUGAUACCAUUGAUGAUGAAGAACUGAUUUUACCUAACAGGAACUUAAGGGAAAAGGUAGAAGAAAAUUCAGUGAGAUCACCAAGAAAAUCACCUCGUUUAAUGGCACAAGAACAAGUAAGAAGUUUGCGACAGAGCACUAUUGCCAAGCGUUCAAAUGCAGCACCAUUAAGUAACACAAAAAAAGCAUCUGGGAAGAGUAUAUCCACCCCUAAAGCAGGAGUGAAACAACCAGAAAGGAGUCAGGUUAAAGAAGAAGUUUGUACAUCACUGAAACCUGAGUACCAUAAGGAGAAUAGAAGGAGCAGCCGAAAUAGUGGACAAAUUGAAGUUGUACCCGAAGUAUCAGUGUCUUCAAGUCAUUCUUCAGUGUCAUCUUGUCUUGAAAUGAAGGAUGAAGCUGGAUUAGAUUCUAAGCAUAAGUGUAAUAAUCAGGGAGAAGCAGAUGUGCCAUCUCAUGAAUUGAAUUGUUCACCUCUUUCAGAGACUUGUGUUACUAUUGAAGAAAAGAAAAAUGAGGCUCUGAUGGAAUGUAAAGCUAAGACUGUUGGUAGCCCAUUGUUUCAAUUUUCAGAUAAAGAAGAACAUGAACAGAAUGAUUCCAUUUCAGGUAAAAUGGAUGAGAAUGUUGUUGAAGAAAUGAUAGCAGCAAGAAAAGUUGAACAGGAAUCAAAGGAGUCGGUGAAAUUAUCCCGUGAAGAAGACCACAUUCUUGAGGAAUCUGGAUCUUCUAGUAUUUCUGGUGACGCUGCUUGUACAAAUCCAAAUGAGACAGAAAACCUUGUAUGUUUGCCUAGUUGUGUGGAUGAAGUGACUGAAGGUAAUUUGGAAUUGAAGGAUACCAUGGAUAUUGCUGAUAAAGCUGAGAACACCCUUGAAAGAAAUAAAAUUGAACCAUUGGGUUAUUGUGAAGAUGCAGAAUCUAAUAGGCAGUUGGAGAGCACUGAGUUGAAUAAAUCAAACUUAGAGGUGGUUGAUACUAAUGCUUUUGAACCAGAAAGUAAUAUUUUGGAAAAUGCUAUUUGUGAUGUGCCUGACCAAAAUUCAAAACAGUUGAAUGCUGUAGAAAGUACUAAAAUAGAGUCCCAUGAAACAGCAAGCCUUCAGGAUGACAGAAACAGCCAGUCAAGUAGUGUAUCUUACUUAGAGUCAAAAAGUGUAAAACCCAAACAUACAAAACCUGUAAUUCAUUCUAAGCAAAACAUGACUACAGAUACUCCGAAGAAAACUGUUGCAGCAAAGUAUGAAGUAAUGCACAGCAAAACUAAAGUUAGUGUCAAAAGUGUGAAACGAAAUACUGAUGAACCAGAAUCUCAGCAAAAUUUUCAUAGGCCAGUCAAAGUCAGAAAAAAACAAGUUGAUAAGGAGCCAAAGAUUCAGAGUUGCAAUUCUGGGGUUAAAUCUGUGAAAAACCAAGCUCAUUCUGUAUUGAAAAAAACAUUACAGGAUCAAACUUUAGUACAGAUUAUCAAGCCCUUAACUCACUCUUUGAGUGAUAAGCCACAUGCUCAUCCUGUUUGCUUGAGAGAAUCUCAUCAUCCUGCACAAACUGGACAUUUAGCACAUUCCAGCCAGAAACAGUGUCAUAAGCCUCAGCAACAGGCCCCAGCAAUGAAAACCAAUAGUCACAUGAAGGAAGAGCUUGAACACCCAGGCAUUGAGCAUUUUAAGGAGGAAGAUAAACUGAAACUGAAAAAACCUGAGAAGAACCUACAACCCCGCCAAAGAAGAAGCAGCAAAAGUUUUUCUUUAGAUGAGCCACCAUUGUUCAUUCCAGACAAUAUAGCUACCAUAAAAAGAGAAGGCUCUGAUCAUAGCUCUUCAUUUGAAAGCAAAUAUAUGUGGACUCCCAGCAAGCAGUGUGGAUUUUGCAAAAAACCCCAUGGCAACAGGUUUAUGGUUGGCUGUGGGAGAUGUGAUGACUGGUUUCAUGGUGAUUGUGUUGGGUUAAGUCUUUCUCAAGCACAACAAAUGGGCGAGGAAGACAAAGAAUAUGUCUGUGUAAAGUGUUGUGCUGAAGAAGACAAAAAGACUGAAGCAUUAGAUCCAGAUAUUUUGGAAAGCCAAGCUACAGUUGAAGUCCAUAGUGAAGAUAAAACAAUGGAGUUUGAAAAGCUUGGAUUAUCAAAACACACAACAAAUGAUAGAACCAAAUAUAUAGAUGAUACAGUGAAGCACAAGGUCAAAAUUUUAAAACGGAUAUUAUUUAAAAAAGUACUGAAAGGAGAAGUAACCCCUGAUCAUCUGAUAAGAAUGAGUCCAGAAGAACUGGCUUCUAAGGAGUUAGCUGCUUGGAGACGAAGAGAAAACAGACAUACCAUAGAAAUGAUUGAGAAAGAGCAGAGAGAAGUGGAACGACGACCAAUCACCAAAAUAACUCAUAAAGGUGAAAUAGAAAUUGAGAGUGAUGCCCCAAUGAAAGAACAGGAAGCAGCCAUGGAGAUUCAGGAACCAACUGCCAAUAAGUCAUUGGAGAAACCAGAAGGAUCUGAAAAACAAAAAGAGGAGGUCGACUCCAUGUCUAAAGAUACCACUAGUCAACACAGACAGCAUCUCUUUGAUCUCAACUGCAAAAUUUGCAUUGGUCGAAUGGCACCACCUGUAGAUGAUCUCUCUCCAAAAAAAGUAAAAGUUGUUGUAGGAGUAGCUCGUAAACAUUCAGACAAUGAAGCAGAAAGUAUAGCAGAUGCAUUGUCUUCAACCUCAAAUAUUUUGGCUUCUGAAUUCUUUGAGGAGGAGAAACAAGAAUCUCCAAAAUCAACAUUCUCUCCUGCUCCACGUCCAGAGAUGCCUGGAACUGUUGAGGUUGAGUCUACCUUUCUGGCUCGAUUGAACUUCAUCUGGAAAGGUUUUAUCAACAUGCCUUCUGUGGCAAAAUUUGUUACCAAAGCCUAUCCUGUAUCUGGCUCCCCUGAAUACUUGACAGAGGACCUACCAGAUAGUAUUCAAGUAGGUGGCAGGAUAUCACCUCAGACAGUUUGGGAUUAUGUGGAAAAAAUAAAAGCAUCAGGAACCAAGGAAAUUUGUGUGGUUCGCUUCACACCAGUAACUGAAGAAGAUCAAAUUUCUUAUACUUUGCUGUUUGCAUACUUCAGUAGCAGAAAACGCUAUCUGGAUAGGCCAUUUAAUAGGGGUAAAGGGGACCGCCAGAGAUUUUAUAGUGAUUCACACCACUUGAAAAGAGAGCGACAUGAAAAGGAAUGGGAGCAAGAAUCUGAAAGGCAUAGACGCAGAGACAGAAGCCAAGACAAAGACAGAGACAGAAAAAGCAGGGAGGAAGGGCACAAAGAUAAAGAGAGGGCACGGUUAUCACAUGGUGAUCGAGGAACAGAUGGCAAAGCAAGCAGAGAUGGUAGGAAUGUAGACAAGAAGCCAGAUAAACCUAAAAGUGAAGACUAUGAGAAGGACAAAGAACGAGAGAAAAGUAAACACAGAGAAGGAGAAAAGGACAGGGAUAGGGACCACAAAGAUAGGGACCACACUGACAGAACUAAAAGCAAAAGGUAAAAUUUGCAGGCUGCUUCAGGAUUACAUUUAAAUAACUGUUAAAUGUUGUAUCUUGUAAACAAAAGAAAGAUUGCCUGCUAGGAUUGUGCCAUCUUUAAAAUUUUUACUAUUGGUCAUUUGCACAACAGUGAAUUCUGUGUGUUGGUGCAGAGUGUUCUGUACCAGUGCUCAUCAUCCCUUCUUCAUACCAAUUGUCCCUAGUUAUUAGGAAUUUAAUAUUUUUAAAAGUUUUACAUUGCUGUAUAUUCAAAGAUUUGUUUUAUUAAUAUGCAAUAAAGGCUUAGAAGUUUUAGUUUUAUUCCUUAAUUGGUAAAUAUGGUUAACUAUGGAAUAUAUUUACUGCCUCUAGUGAAUGUCCUUUAUAUGAUGACUAAUUUGGGAGUAAUGUGUGCUCUGUAAGUUUGUUUUAAAUUGCACUGUUUUUAAAGAAACCGUAGAGGAGCAGCAAAAAUCCAAGCAACUUAAUAAUCAGAUUAUGCUAAUCAUUUAGUUGAGCAGUUUUGACCAAGAAUCAGAAGCCCAAGGGGUACAUUUAUUGCUUUAAUCUGCACUCAUUGAAGUCACUUAUUACCAUAUACUACAGCUUUGUGGUAGGCCAUUAUUUUCAUUUUUGGCUCUUCAGAAACUUGAAUACUUAAGCUUGUACAUGAUCUUGUGUUUUCCUAUCCUUUUUACUGUAAAAUGUAAAUAUUUUAAGGGAUAUUUUGAUUCUAAAUAUGAUAAAAGAAUUUCUCACCUAUUUUGUGUGUGUGACUUGAAAUUCAGCAGAAGAAUUUCUUCUUUAAAGCUUUAAUUACCUUCAGACAUUGUUUUUCUCUUACUGAGCCAAGAACAUAUAGACUAUCUAUGUCAG